AUGGUUUCCGAAGACCAUCUACAAAAGGAAAACAAGUGGACGAAUUCACUGAUUUUCACAAACAGUGCAGUGGAGUCAGGUUCCUUCUUUUCCAAGGGGGGGGGAUGGCUGCGCCUCUUCGCCUGCGACGUUGUGCUAGGGAAAAAAAAUGACGGAUCGGAGCCAGGAGCUUGUUAUCAUUUGACUUUGCGCGUGGUGCUAGUAUGGCCACGGAGAGGCUUGGAGUGGUGUUGUCGUUAUGACAUUAGUACAAACUCCAUUCAUAAAAAAUGUUUUUUUUUUCAUGAAUCGUUUUCUAAAACUCAAUCACAAAUAAUUGGCGACGUGGGUGAGCCUGUCAAAAAUCGAAAUCUAAGCCUGCGGACUUUUGAAAGAAGAAUAGCAAUCCAGCAGUGGUCAAAUACAAUGACCCCUACCACCCUCGCCUCUUGGGGACAUAGAAACCCUCAUGGAGUCGUCCUAAAUAAAUUCCACGGUCACAGAGGGGCACGGUCGAACCCUUCCUCGCACCCAGAAACCGGAGUUAAUCCAGCUCUUCACCGUCACAGAAAAGGUACAUUCUCGGGCGUGUGUUUUUAUUCCUGUUCGCCAGUGUCUGAUCCAUUGGAGUGUACAGGAAUUCUUUCUUUGCACAGGGAUAUCCACUUUGAAGGUGAUUUUCAUUUCCUUCGCCCUCAGUGGUGA